AGAAUGGCCCAGCAAAAAUCCCUAUCCUCAAAGGAAAUUUUCGCACUAGAAGAUCAAUAUGGAUGCCGAAAUUAUGCGCCGUUAUCUGUUGCAUUGUGCCGUGGAGAAGGGGUUUUCGUAUGGGAUGUAGAAGGCAAGAAAUAUUAUGACUUUUUGAGCGCCUACUCAGCUGUGAACCAAGGUCACUGCCAUCCUAGAAUAGUAAAAGCGCUCAAGGAACAGGCUGAUAAAUUGACACUUGUGUCUAGAGCAUUCUAUUCAGACCAGCUUGGUAAAUAUGAGAAGUUUAUGACAGAAUUGCUGGGUUAUGACAGACUAUUGCCAAUGAACACUGGUGUCGAGGGCGGGGAGAGUGCAUGCAAGAUAGCUCGGAAAUGGGGUUACGAUGUCAAAAAGAUACCAAAGGACCAGGCCAAGAUAAUAUUUGCCGAAGGUAAUUUUUGGGGACGCACGCUGUCGGCCGUGUCUUCGUCGUCGGACCCCGUUUGUUACCAAGGUUUCGGCCCUUACAUGCCCUGCCUCGAACUCGUUCCGUACAACAACAUUCCAGCGCUAGAGAAAGCGCUUCAAGAUCCAACAGUAGCGGCAUUUAUGGUAGAACCUAUUCAAGGUGAAGCUGGUGUAAUUAUUCCCGAUGAUGGUUACUUAAGGAAAGUUCGAGAACUCUGCACAAAGUACAACGUGCUUUGGAUCGCAGACGAGGUGCAAACUGGAUUAGGGCGAACUGGCAAGCUGUUGGCGGUGGAACACGAAGGAGUGAAGCCAGACAUUCUUAUUUUGGGCAAGGCUCUCAGUGGUGGAGUACUUCCAGUUUCAGCUGUCUUAGCUAAUAACAGCGUCAUGGGUGUAAUAAAGCCUGGCACACACGGGUCGACGUACGGCGGCAAUCCCCUUGCGUGUGCUGUCGCCACGGAGGCCAUUAAGGUAUUGUUGGAAGAGAAAUUGUGUGAAAACUCAGAGAGACUGGGACAAGUGUUCCGCGAGGAAUUGGAGAAGAUCCCAAAGUCCAAGGUGGUGACCGUCCGCGGCAGGGGACUGAUGUUUGCCAUCGAUGUCCACGACAGUAUUCCCGCGUACGAUAUUUGUCUCCGGCUAAAAGAAGCGGGUCUGUUGGCGAAGACAACUCACGGGCAAACGAUCCGCCUGGCGCCGCCCCUCGUCAUCUCCGAGGAGCAACUGAGACAGGGAGCGAGCAUCAUCCAGAAAGUGUUCCAAGCUUAUUAGAAUUAAUAUAUAUUUUUUAUAUAAAAAUAAUAUCAUAAUAUUAUUUAUUCAUAAAGAAAAACGCAA